AAUUAGGCGUAAAAUCCAGUCUAGCUAAUGAGCUUUAUCGCUCGUCCUGGUUAGUUACUAGUAUUUAAUUUAUUUACGUUAUUGAUAAUCGGUAGAAAUAGAAAUGUGAUUCACAGCUGUUGACUUUAAGAGAUAAUUCUGCUUGAAAAAAAAAAUAACCACAUAACAAAUUACCAAACACUGCACUCAUCUAUAGGACUUGAUGAUGAUCAUUGAUGAUGGUAGUGGUCAGCUCAAAGCUUCAGAACGGUUAACAUUAAUCCAUUCGACUUACUAGAUCUAGUUUUAUUCCGUUUUGCAGUGAAAGUGUUUUCUUAUUGAUUAAUGAUAAAGCAAAACUGAAUGUUGGCUUCAAAUCAGGACGACAUUUCAAAAUAUUUUAUUCCUUUAUUAAUGAUAAAUGCAACUUACAAAUAUUGGCAACAAAUUCAGAACAGGAAGGUCUUUCAAAAGGUUUUACUCCUUGAUUUAGGAUAAAGAAAUAAUACUAAUUAAUGGCAACAAAUCCAGAACAAGACAUUUCGAAAGGUUUCUUGUUGCUUUAUUUCCUGGAAAACGACGUAUCAGGUCUUUUCUGAUGGAAAUAAAACUAUUGUGAAAUCACUCAUCCAGAGACUGAAGAUAAAUUACGAAGAGGAAGUUUCAGAUUUCUUGUUGCUGUAGUUAAUGGAAAAACGAAAUAUCGAUCUCUUGUAGUGAUAAAACGGGUCCAGUGUAGGCAAAACAGAAAGAGGAUGAUGUUUUAAGUGUUCUUAUUUAAUGUUAAUGUGAUUGAUUUCCUUAAAACUACAUUAAUACCAACAAAUUAAAGACAAAAAUGAGAAAAAAAAGAAGGAAAUAACCUUGUGUCUGAAUGAUUCUACCAGUUGUAAACUUUCCGAGUGUUAAGUAACUGGUACCUUUUAGACAAACCAGAAAAAAAACGUUUCAGAAGUUUUCUUUUUGUUUAUAUUUUUUUUUUUUUUUUUUUUAACAUAACAAUAUGUCGGUCUCUGAUAGUGAUCAGAAUUUUGGAAACCAACAUAUGUCGAUCUCUGAUAAACGCUUUCAGUGUGAACUCUGCACAAAAUGCUACGCAAGCAGUAGCAGUCUAAAACAGCAUGUGCUCAUCCAUUCCGGCGUGAAACCGUUCAUGUGCCACGUGUGUUCCAAAGCGUUCUCUCGAAAGAGUGCUCUGAAAAUUCACAUCCUCUCACACGGCGAGAAAUCUUUCCAGUGCGAGGUAUGCUCGGAACGCUUCGCACGCAGCACGGGCCUCAGAGCUCACAUGUUUAUCCAUUCUGAGAAAAGGUUCGAAUGCGACGUCUGCUCGAAGUGUUUCCGAAGACCAGGCGACCUGAAGAAACACACGGCAACUCACAUCGGCGAAAAACCGUUCAAAUGCGAAAUCUGCUCAAAGAGUUUCGCUCAUAAGCGUACUCGGGCCGACCAUACGCUGAUUCAUACUGGAGAGAAACCUCUCGAAUGCAUAGUGUGUGAAAAACGCUUUUUGGGCGGCAUCAACCUGAAACGCCAUAUGUUGACCCACACGGGCGAAAGACCUUUCGUCUGUGGAGUCUGCUUUAGGGGCUUUAUCCGGAGCAGAGAUCUCAAGAGCCACAUGGCAAUCCAUGUGGGCAGGAAGGAUUUCCAGUGCGACGUGUGCCUCAAGUAUUACACCCGGAACCACGAUCUCAAACAGCACAUGCUGCUUCACACUGGCGACAAGCCCUUCAAGUGUGGAAUAUGCUCGAAACGGUGCGCAACAAGCGGCCGUCUCAAGAGUCAUAUGAUCAGCCACAUUGACGAAAAACCUUACACAUGCGAGGUGUGCUCGAAGUGUUUUAGGCGUAAAAGCGAACUAAAAGAGCACUCGUUAAUGCAUACCGACGAAAGGGGUUUCCCGUGUAAAGUGUGUCCGAAGAGCUUCAAGGGGAAUCGUAGUCUAAAAAGCCACAUGAGGAUCCAUACUAGAGAUGACGUGCAAUGUCCGAAAAGCUUCAAGGGGAAUCGUAGUCUAAAAAGCCAGAUGAAGACCCAUACUAGAGAUGACGUGCAAAAACAGUCGGAUCAAACAUAAUUUAUAAGCGUUAGAUUAAACUGAAAUGCGGAGGUGGAUCCAGGAUUUGUCGGGGGGUUUUUCAAUUAUUUUGGGUUUUUUUUUUAGGGUGGCGAGUGGAGGCUUUCUGCCAGAAAAUAAUUUGAGGGUACGUAAUAAACAUAGAACACUAUACUAUUACAUAAUGUGUUUUCCCUUUAUUCAAGACCCUGUAAAUAUUUCCUAAUAGAAUUAUUCUUUUUGUGCGGGUAUUAAGUUGUAAUAUCUUGUGCCCAUGUUGGUCAUGGUAUAAUGUUAACAUUUUAAAACAAAUAUUAGUAAACAAUUUUGGCCAUUAGGUAACUUUGAUACAGCACUAAUUUGAACAAACAUAACCGCC